ACAACAUCACCCUCAAACAGCGCUAUCCUCUAAAUAUAUAAUUUACGUUUUUAUUGGAAGGACUAAAGUUGUUCGAUCAAGAAAGCAAAAUGCCUCGAGUAAUUGCAACGUUACUCUUCGCUUCAAUCUUCAUUAUAACAGUUUAUUCAGAUGUGCUAAAAUGCUACAUGUGCACCUCAUUAUCAAACGAUGGUUGUGAUUCCGAUAUGAAAACAAAUUCAUUACAACCAAUCGAAUGUACUGGUAGUAAUAUGGUGGAAUGGCAGCGAAGCAUCCAACAACACAAUAUCCUCAACCCGUUAGCACGGCUUUUCGAAGUUGAUGACAUGUUACAACAUUAUCAAGGUCCUCCCAAGGAUACAGCUUGUGCUAAAAUGGUCAUUAAGAUUGCAAAACAAGACGUUAUUGUAAGAACGUGCCAAACAGCUAAAACAGAAGUUAUUGAUCCAUGUAAAGCAAUGGAAGAGAAACUAAAGGUCAGCUUGUUAGGCAAAAUGGAACAAUGCGCCCUUUGUCUUAAAGACGCCUGUAAUGGUACGAUGUCCCCAUCUUCCAAAAUAUUUUAUACUUUUCUGUCACUUUUUAGCACUCUCAUUGCUUUUUAUCAUUUAUAG